CUGCUGCUUUGUCGACGCCAGAUCAGCUGGUGUACGACUUGGAUGAGAGCCGUGUCUGGGACCUCAUCGCGUUGAAAAUUAGAUAAUUGGAAAGGGGGCGUGAGGUUUGUGUGUGAAAGGCCUGAGGGGCCAUGGUACAACACAUAAAUGUCUCGCCUGUGGAGCGUCUUCUAGUUUAGCUCCGUUUAGGUAAUUUGGAUAAGUCCCAAUAACGACAUUUGUCAGUUAAUCAUUUUCGAUAAAGAAUUUUGCUCUUAACCUUUUCGCAAUGGAGGAUAAGAAAGAAAAUCAAACUACACCGACGGAGAUCAGCAGCCAUUUUGCCGAGAACCUACUUCCGCAGAUGGAUCUGGAGCAUGCCCUGGUGGACUGCUCCGCUGGUCUGGAGUUAUUCCUCAACAACCGCUUCUCUGAUGCGCUUGCUCAUCUAAAACCAUGGAAGGCCAAGAGUAUGUACCAUGCCAUGGGCUACAGCAGUAUGCUGGUGAUGCAGGCAGGCAUGACUUUUGACCCGAAAGAUGUAGAAGCAGCCAUGACCUCAUUGAGGGAGUCUCUAGAGACAUGCCAGAGCUUUCGUAAAAAGAGUGGAUUAUUGGAGACCAUAACGAACUUGUGGUACCGGCAAUCUUCUGACAAUCUGACAGAAGAGGAGAUGCAUGCUGAGCUCUGCUAUGCCGAGGUCCUUCUUCAGAAAGCCUCGCUGACCUUCAUGGACGAGAGCAUCAUGGGCUUUAUCAAAGGAGGGAUGAGGAUACGAAACAGUUAUCAAAUCUUCAAGGACUGUCAAGUGAUUGCAAACAAAAUGGAUGAAGAGAUGCAGCAGAAAGCCACACACCUUCACUUCAAAUGUGGUGUCAACAUGGGAAUCGGAUCGUUCAACCUGAUGCUGUCUCUGCUCCCAACACGAGUCCUCAGACUGAUGGAAUUCCUUGGCUUCUCUGGAGACAGGGAUGUGGGUCUCUCGGAGCUGAGAGCUGGCGUCGCCACAAAUGGCCUGCGCUCUAUCCUCAGUAUGCUCACACUGUUGAUGUACCAUCUCUACAUCACUGUCAUACUCGGCACAGGUGAGGUGGACUUGACAGAAGCUGAGAACCUGCUGGAACCUUAUAUUAAAAAGUUUCCCAAUGGUGCUCUGAUUCUCUUCUACACUGCCAGGAUUGCUUUGCUCAAGGGAAACUUCACAUUUGCUAGGGAGAAGUACCUGGCCUGCAUCACUGCCCAGCAGGAGUGGCGCCAGAUACACCACCUCUGCUACUGGGAGCUCAUGUGGGCCCAUUCCUUUGAACAGGAAUGGAAGAAAGCCUACCAUUACGCUGACCUGCUCUCCAAGGAAAGCAAGUGGUCCCAGUCCACUUAUAUGUACCAGAAAGCUGCCCUCUUGAGCAUGCUCCCAGACGCAGAAGUGGAGGCCAUGGGACAAAAUGCAGAAGACUUGUUCAAACAGGUGGAAGGCCUCCGCCUCAGGAUUGCUGGGAAGUCGGUCCCAACAGAGAAGUUUGCUGCCAAGAAGGCCCAGAGAUGCUCAUCCUCCAGGCCUACAAAACCAGUCCUCCCUGCAUUGGAAAUGAUGUACGUGUGGAACGGCUUCACGAUAGUAGGAAAGAGACCAGAGCUGACAUACAGCAUAUUGUCCACCAUACAGAAGGCCGAGGACCAACUCGCAAGUUCUGCAAGCCAGUCUGAUCAUCAUGUAGACGACCAGUGUGUGGUCCAGCUCCUAAAGGGCCUGUGUCUCAGACAGCUGGGCAGUCUCGAUGAGGCGGAGGGCUGCUUCAAUCAGGUCAUCUCCAGUGAACAACAGAUCAAGUAUGAUGACUAUCUGGUGCCCUUCACCAUGUACGAGCUGGGCCUGAUUUACAAGCAGAGGGGGGAUACCCACAAGGCAGUAGAACUCCUGGAGAAAAUCAAGGUCACCUACAAGGACUACAGCAUGGAGUCUAGGCUUCACUUCCGCAUCCAUGCAGCACUCAACACCAUGGGCACUUUCCCAAACAAGCCUUACCCCUCACGCAUCCAAGCCUAAGGAAAACCGUUAGUCUGGAACUCUCAACGUUUAUGAGACUGGAAACACACACACACAGACACAGACACAGACACAGAGAGAGAGAGGCGAUGGUGUUAGUACCUGGUUGGUGUUGGGUGGAAUCCGAGUCUGGAAAUGAAGUUUAGUUUUCAAUGUAUGAUGUAUAAUAAAAGUUGCUCCUUCUUGCAAGAGUGUCUGGCUGCAUGAUCACUCAGGCGGUAGUUCUGCAGCCAGGUGCCUGUCCCCAGUUGGGUAGGCCAGAAACUAGUCCUUGAAGUCCCAGGGUAGGCUACGUAAUUGCAAUCGCAAUAGUGACCUCUGUUGAUCGCAAUGGAUAAUCCACCCGUGCCAAAAUAUUUAUUUUUACAUUUAUAUUAUUACUUUUAAAUAUUUAGGCUUUUUAAUUCAAGCAUUUUUUCGAGAUAUCUCUCAUCUUCAUUUUGGAUUUUGACACGCAUGUUAAUAAAACAUUUUACGCUAUGAA